UCAAGUGAGCCAUGACAUAUGAGCUCUUAUUGUGAGCACACAGGACGGUGGCAUCUUUCUAAGGUUUUUUUUAUUUUCCCAGCAAUCAGUACAACCAAGUCAUCGUUAUAAGGCAUCGCCCUCUUUUGCCCACCCCCCCAGCACCAGGUGUGGCCACUAGCCUAUAUGAAGGCCCAAAAUUGUGUGUUCCUUUCUGCUCUGACAAUGGCAUGCCCAUUCGUGCGAGAUGUGGUGGAUGAAGAAGCACUUGUGCUGAGGAGAGCCUUCAGGCGAGAAAGGGUCUUCAGGGACCGGUUGGACCCACUGGCCUUCCCUGACGACCAUCUAUAUGAAAGAUACAGGUUUUCUGCAGAUGGCAUCAGGUAUCUAUGUAGACUACUGGGUCCCAGGAUUAAGCACCGCACUGCACGGAGCCAUGCACUGAGUGUGGAGCAAAUGGUUUGUGUGGCCUUGCGCUUUUUUGCUAGUGGAGCCUUCCUGUACUCAGUGGGGGAUGCAGAACAGCUGAACAAGGCCACAAUUUGCCACACAAUAAGGAGUGUGUGUCUGGCUAUCAAAGCAUUAGCAGAUGUCUUCAGCUCCUUCCCUGGCCACAGAAGACUCUGUGACAUCAAAGAGGAGUUCUAUAGGAUUGCAGGUUUCCCCAAUGUCAUUGGUGCAGUGGACUGCACACACAUAAGGAUAAAAGCCCCCUCAGGUGCCCAUGAGGCCGAUUUUGUGAAUAGGAAAUCCUUUCACAGCAUUAAUGUUCAGAUGGUCUGCAAUGCUGACUGUGUGAUCAGCAAUGUUGUGGCAAAAUGGCCUGGCUCAGUCCAUGACUCCAGAAUCUUUCGGGCCUCUGAAAUCUAUCACAAGGUGAAUUCUCUGGUGUGUUGCUGGGAGACAGGGGGUAUGGCUGCCAGCCUUUUCUCCUGACACCUUUCACAGACCCCCCAGGAAGCACAGCAGGCCUACAACCAUGCCCAUGCCAGGACCAGGGCCAGAGUUGAAAUGACCUUUGGCCUCCUGAAGGCACGCUUUCACUGCCUUCACAAAUUAAGGGUCAGCCCUGUUAGGGCAUGUGAUAUUACUGUGGCUUGUGCUGUCCUCCACAAUGUGGCCUGCCUGAGGAAGGAGAGGGAGCCCAGAGUGCCACCAGCCAUGGACUGGGACAAUCCGGCAAUCUUCCCUGAUGACGACAGUGGUCGGCUGCUGAGGGACCAAUAUGUGUUGAAUUAUUUUAGUUAGUAUGUGUGCUUUCAAUUUUGGUUAAAUAUGUCCUGCGGUGGCAGAGGAAUUUGGGUUUUUUUGGGUUCGUUUUUUGAUGAAUUUGGCCUCUUAUGACGUUUGUGCGGUAUACUGUGUGUAAUACAAGGCUGCAGGGAGGCUACUGCAUCCAUUCAUUUGUCUGUUCAGUUGAUGUGUAUGGAUUUGUCCUGCAUUUAUUUUAGUGUGCAGACAUGCAGGGUGUGUUAUAUACAGACCUUUGAAUGUGUAUGUAUAAUAUGCUUGGAUUCUGUGCUUUCCAUCUUGUAGAGUCACUGACUUCAGUUUCGAAAGGAGCUGAUGGUUUACCUGCUUUGUUUUGUCCUUAUUCAAUAAAGGAACAUAAUGUUACACAUUGUGUUUUUAUAUUCA